CAGAAUAUUAUCAGAAGGGGUUUGUGGAGAUUUUUAGAAAUUUUCACAGAUUGAAAUCAUGAGUCAGUUGAAGCUAGACCACCAUUGAAAACCCCUUCUGAUAAUAAUCAUCUGCUCACUAGUGACUGACUUCAAGAGAUACUCCUGGAGUUCUAGUGGGAAGCCGUUACCAGUGGAGUACAACCAGGUCUGUUGUGAGAUAUCAGCUCACUGAAGACAAUAGUAUAUGGUGGCGCAACUUCGUGGAUUGGUUGAAGUUAGACAUUAACACCGUUGGAUGCCGGCUCAGUGGUCUAAUGGUUAAGUGCUCGCGCGCGAAGCCAGUAGGUCCCGGGUUCGAGCCUCGCGUGGUGCGGAAUCGUGGAUGCGCACUGCUGAGGAGUCCCGCAGUAGGACGAAACGGCCGUCCAGUGCUUCCAGGUUUUCAAUGCUUAAACAAUUUCACUUUGGUUACAAAUGAUUUCAGCGAAUAGUUGAACUGCUAUGAAAAUGUCCAAUCACAGCACACUUUAUUUUCUGGUACUUUUUGUUUGAUAUUUGGCAUUUGGAUCAACAAUCAGGGAACCAGAUCAUAAUUCUAGAUGAAUUCUUUUUAUUAAUAUCGAAAUGGUCGCGUUGGAAUUUAUUUCUCAGUUAGAUAAACUACACUUUGUUGAUUCUGUCGGACUAGAUGAUUUCGCAGAUCGAUGCUCUUAUAUGUUAUCAUUUGUUAUUCUGGUCAUGUGCUUUACUAUUGUUACACUGAAAUCUUAUGUCUUUGAACCGUUGUCAUGCUAUAUUCCAACUACCUUCUCGGGUUCUAAUUUGGGAUCGUACAUAAAUGCAUUUUGCUGGAUUAAUGGAACUACACCGAUAAGUGUAGAUACGGAUCAGCUAGAUAAUCCAACGUAUUGGAGUAGUUUAGAAGAUAAAAAAAUCAAUUAUUAUCAAUGGGUUUCACUGGUUUUGGCAUUACAAGCUAUUCUGUGCUACCUACCUCGCCUUAUUUGGGAGGCAAUUACUUUCAAUCGUGUUGGAACAAAUUUAGGAUUCUUGCUUGAAUCAGCACGAGAAGCUUCAAAGGAAACUGGAAAGGAAAGAUCAAAUCGUGUUCAAUUUAUAGCAAAUGUUAUGGAUACAUUGUUGUUUGCUCGUCGGGAUCUACGUAAAUUAGAAAAUGGUCUUAAAGAUCAAAAUUUUUUGAACACAAUUUUGCAUACUAUUCAAAAUUUGCUUCCGCGUAAAAGGCUUGGUACUGCGUUAGUCACAUACUACAUGAUAAUCAAAUCAUUUUAUUUGCUAAAUGCAGUUGGACAACUCUUAUUGAUGGAACGAUUUUUGGGUGUCCGUGGAGAAUAUCGCCUAUUUGGCUUAUCAAUUUUAAGUGAUUUGAUUAUGGGUAGACAUUGGAAUGAAACUAGUGUCUUUCCUCGAGUGGGUUUUUGUCGUGUACCAAUCAAAUUGACGAGUACACCUAUACCUAUGGUCACUGUACAAUGUACAUUGCCAGUUAAUAUGCUGAACGAAAAGAUUUAUGUGUUUUUAUGGUUUUGGUUUGUGUUUGUUGCUUCUCUGGAGGUUGCGAGUAUUGGAGUUUGGAUUUGUCGUUUGGCCGCACGGCAAUCGAGAUUGAGAAGUUUGAUUCGAUAUUUAAAAGUUGCAGAUGUUUAUGAAGAAUCAAUGGAUCCAUUACUUGCUCGAUUCGAAUUGACAUUUCUUCGAAUGGAUGGCAGUUUCCUUUUACAAAUGAUGCGUUUAAAUGCUGGAAGUCUUAUCACACAAGAAAUCUUACAAGCAAUGUUGAAGCGUUACACAGAACAAGAACAAUAUGCUCAGAAAAAACGCGUUGAACGACAACCUUCGGGACCAAAGUCUGUAGAAAUGGAAAAAGAUGGUCUACUUCCUGACUCUCCUGAUUGUACUGUAACAAAGCGUUUAGAUGUUGUUUAGUUCAGUAAAUAAAUUUCCAGUAUGAAGAUUGAAUGCAUUGCAAAAAUUCAUCUCUACCUUUUGUAUUACUUCUUUCUUUUCAUUUUUCAUUUACAGUCUCAUCGAUCUGAUUAAUAUAAUGGUUUUUCUGGUAAUCUACAUUCAGUUUAAUUUACGAAGCUCAGGGUCAUUUCUAACUAUUUUCCCCUAUGUUUUUUUCAUAAUAAAAGCUUCAAGGUCAUGAUUUGUUUUGACUUUUUAUUCUUUAUACAUUAUCGAGCUGUAACGUACGUGUUAUGCGGCGUUAUGCUUUUGGUAACAAACUGGUUACCAAUCAUUGACCGAAUAAAAUAUUGGUUUUCAAAGUGUAUUUAUCGUUGGUUAUAAA